UUCCACCAAUCACAGGCCGCCCAGCAGGGUCGGAGGCGCUCUGGGCUCCAGGAGAGGCUGAGCUCGCUCGGCAGGAGGCGGGGAUUGCGGAAAAGAAGAACCAAUAGGAGCAAAGGUUCCCCGCCCCUUUGCCUUGAUGGACUACCACAUUCGGGCCAAUGGGGGAAUUCUCAUUUCGAAGAAAGCGGGACUUGAGAAAGAGGCUGCGCGGAGCAGGAGGGUCCGGGCUGCGCCGCGUGGAGUGGCCUGGCCUAACAGCAGGGAGGGCAGAGCUAUGCUCUUUGACCUCCCAGAAGAGUCACGUGGGUUGACCCGGAGCCGGGGCGGAAAGGUUGCAUUAGUUUCUUCCGGGUCAUUGACAGGCGCGUCAAUUCCUGGGAGUAGUUCGUUGGUUUUCCCUUCAUCCUUUUGCCUGCUCACGGUGAGGGGUGGCUUUGAUUUCGGCGAUGAGCUCCCAGAAAGGCAACGUGGCUCGUUCCAGACCUCAGAAGCACCAGAAUACGUUUAGCUUCAAAAAUGACAAGUUCGAUAAGCGUGUGCAGACCAAGAAAAUUAAUGCAAAACUUCAUGAUGGAGUAUGUCAGCGCUGUAAAGAAGUUCUUGAGUGGCGUGUAAAAUACAGCAAAUACAAACCAUUAACAAAACCUAAAAAAUGUGUUAAAUGUUUACAAAAGACAGUGAAGGAUUCUUAUCACAUAAUGUGUAGACCAUGUGCCUGUGAACUUGAAGUCUGUGCAAAAUGUGGAAAGAAAGAAGACAUUGUUAUUCCGUUGAAUAAAGAAACAGAAAAAAUAGAACGUAUUGAAAAUAAUCUAAGUUCCAACCAUAGAAGAAGCUGCAGAAGAAAUGAAGAAAGUGAUGAUGAUUUAGAUUUUGAUAUUGAUUUAGAAGACACAGGAGGAGACCUUCAAAUGAAUUAAUAUCACUGUGUUAAAAGUUGGCCGGGCACGGUGGCUCACGCCUGUAAUCCCAGCACUUUGGGAGGCCAAGACGAGCUACACUCCAGCCUGGGUGACAGAGCAAGACUCUGUCUCAAAAAAAAAAAAAAAAGUAAAUUUAAGGAUGUGAAAUUCUGACCACCUUUUGGCUUUGAGUAUUUUCCAAAAGAUACUGUGAAAUCCUAAUGAGGAAAUCAGAAAAAGCUAUAGAAAAAUAGACAAAUUUCAUACAUGAACAAUGUAAAUUGUGUAUAUUACUUAAUACCAAACUAAACAAGAUUCAGAAUUGAUGGUUGUGUAAGAACUAGCUCAUGUAAAAAUAAGAUGACAUUAUAUUGCCUCAAAAAUUGGUCCUCAGUAAUUGCCUUUUGAUAAAUGAUCUCAAAUAAAUGAUUCAUAGCAAAA